GGGUGGAUUAGGUACGCCGAUGGAAUUGAGGUCGAUUUGAGGAAGAUAUCGAAUCUCAAACCUACCCCGGAGGUACAGAUAGAUUAACUUUACGCGUUCUACGCGUGUCCGUAGGAGUAUUGGGGGUUAUUACUGACAUCUCUAUCCCUUUUUUUUGGUGUAACAGCUCAUGGCGGCCUUGGCGGCGCGUAUCCUCGAGGUAAACACUUGUGUUCGCCGUAAAACAUUAAUAGUAAUCCAUUUCCAGCUCGAAGCUGAGUUUGAGGGUAGAUCCUCUAGCAAGAAGCAGAAGACAGGGAUCGACUCUAUAGUGGUUCCUUCCACUAGUAAAACUCCGGCGCAAAUCAAGGCAGGGGAGAAGCGCCUAAAGGGCAUAGUGAAGGAAUGGUUUGAUCGGUGUGUUCGCACUAUUUCGGUUACAUUACUCUACCCGCGGCGGUGGCGGCGCCGAUUAACGUCCCCUUCCAUCAAGAUCGAUGAAGUUCUUUCCGAAGAGGAUUUCAAAACUCUGUUCCUUAACAAGGGCACCCUAAUUCAACCCACACCAGAUAACAAGCCGACUUCUCUUCUCCCUGAAAGGCAACGCAUGGAGCCAAGGCGGUAGGUCCCCGAUUCCUUUACAACCAUUGGAGAGUGGUUUAGUUCUCAUUUGAAAACGAAGGG